UAUCCUGAGUUGCUAUGGCAGAUCGCCGUUAAUCAAACCGAAAGCGCUUGGCUACGAAUCUCCGCCUUGAAAAGUAGAUAUGCAUAUAUCCUAUCUGAUCCGAGAGAGACCUCACCAUCCAUGAUUGUGGCUUCCCCGCUCGAAGAAUCUUCGCUCAAUAAACUAGAUCCAACUCGGAAUUUAUGCCUUUUGCGUAUCUCCAGUAGCAUGAACUCGAGAUCGGGAAAUCUGACUGCACCAUUUAUCGUGGCCUCUCCAAGUCAGUCGGCUUGCACCUCUGUCGCCAUGACAUUAGAUGCUAGCCUUGUUGCUGUUGGCCACAAGUCUGGUAGCAUCGAUAUAAUGGACACACUUACAGUGAAGGUUCUUCAAACCCUUUUCGGCCACGAUGAUAGUGUUUUAUCUCUCUGUUUUCUUCCUGAGCUGACAUUUGGGUCAAACAAGGAUCCAAUUGAUAAACAGAUGAAUUUGGAUUCUACCACUUCAUUUAUGGAUCUUAUUUGUCCUACAUCUGAGCAAAACGCCUGUACAAUGAUUAUUAGACUCGGUUCAACUUCUCAGGAUUCCACUGUCUGCGUCUGGGAGCUGCUCUGCCAAACAACCACAAGGCCUGGUUCAAAGCCAAGCUCACCAUUCAUUUACACCAGUGCAGUUGGGCGCCGAAUCCACCUGCUGACUUUGCCAUGGAUCACAAGAGCGGUCACCACAUCAGCUUGGCACACGGAUCGUCAAGAGAUUGUGGUCGCCGGACAUGAUGGCCAGGUCGUAUUCUGGCCCCUAAAAAACGCUACAGGUCUCGGCCAACCGCAUGGUUCGACAAUAAGAAGUCUGAUUCGCCCACGAAUGUGCGUCAGCACUCCCCUGAGACAGCAAAUCAACACCAUCGCACUGAAGGCUCAGGCUAUGCACUCGGCGGGCAAAGGCACCUAUUUACCCGAAGAUGACCUCUGUGCUGCUGGUUGCUGGGAUGGGACUAUUGUGUUGCUGCACUGUGCUUCACCAACUAUAUUUAAGGCGGGUUUUUACUCGGUGCUUAUGCACUCCAUUAGCAUGCCAAGCCACUGUAUACUCACUGCACAUAGCACGGCAGUCUGCAGUCUGGCCUAUCUGGACAAAACCCUGCUGCCGAGCCAGUUACAGGAUCAUUCAUCCUCCCUACUAGCCAGCCUCGACUACAAAGGGUCGCUCUUCCUCUGGUCUCCUGACCACGACCAUUCUUUUCUCGGCCAACUUGCUGAGACCUCUGUAAAAGCUUCGGAUAACACUUUAUCGUCCGCGCUCCCAGCCAUUGGACUGAGUGAAGGACGCGGAGCUCUCACAAUGGCUCUGGCUGGGGAAAAGUUUCCAGACUUCUACCUGGUGCAAUCUGGAGGCUCAGCAGUGGGAACUAGUGGAAAAUUAAGCGUGUGGAAUGCCGGAUCUGGCACUUCCUCAGGUAUGUGA